AUGACAUUUUGCACAGGCUCCUUGUGUCUGAAGGUCGGAACACCAGAAGAUGGGAUAUCUCCAGGUGAUUGGGAGGAAUGCUUUGUUACACUGCAUGGUGAUCUGACAGUACAACAAAUGGAACAGCUGUGUUAUUUAGCCUGUAAAAAGAAGAAUGACUCUGAUGAUACAUGCUAUGCCACAAACCAGAACCUGGACAGUUCUAAUGCCCUGUAUGCUCUCCUACAAGAUGUCAACCAGCGGAAAAAGUCCAGCGGCGGAAUCAAACUGGCAGCCGGUUCCCCCUGUAACAAUUACCAAGGUUACUGUGAUGUGUUUUCUCGUUGCCGUGGCGUUGAUAAUGAAGGACCACUACAACGACUGAAGAACUUGAUAUUUAACGAAAAAACGCUUGCCAAUAUAAAGAACUGGAUUAUUGAAUAUUGGUGGGCCGUCUUAUUCAUGGCUAUAGGACUUAUCCUGUUUAUGGGAUUGUUCAUCAAGUUCUGUGCCGUGGACACACCCAGCUCAAACCCUAACGCCAAACCAGCCUUGAAAUUGACGGACACACUGAGGCGACGACGUCGUCAGCCAGAGCAACAGUACCGGGCACAGGGCCCAUCGGGACCCCCGCCGCCAUACUCAGCACACGGGGGCCCACCACAAGGACACAGGAAGGGAGCAGGGGUUAAAGGCGGGAGAUACAAUAAUUUAGAAAUGCGCAAAGUUUGAACCAAAUAUCAUCUAAAUUCAAUUCAUCGUAUUUAAUGAUUUUUUUAACGAAUGUACACUAGAAGAACAACAUUUCCAUAUGUGUUUUGAAUGAUGUAGUCCUUUGGUAUUUUUGAUAAUAUUACAUUUGUGUUAAAGAUACAGAUCUAUGUUCAUUUCUUUAUAAAUCAUUAUGCAAACAGAAUUCCUAUUUUCGAGAACAAUAUGAAGGGGUAUAGAGGUUUCAAUUGCCAAUUGUUUUUAUGUUAAAUUAAUUGUCUUCUGUAUUUCUGUAUUUUGGUAGAAUGAUAUUACAUUAAGGCAUUUUUAUCGUUAAUUUUUGGGAGUUUUAGUGCUCAUGCAUACAGUGUUAGUUAUUGUUUACUUUAGUUUUAAUCCAAUCAUGUUAUAAAAUAAAAGGCUAUACUAAUCAUUGUAAUGUAAGCAAAUGUACGUUAAAAAUGUGAUCAGUUGUUUCAAUCGAAUUAAAUAUCUUCGUUAUUAAUUGCGGUAAUAGUAUAACUAUGUUGAGAUGAUGGCCAUAUCGAGUUAAUGUAAAUCAUUUAUGCCCUUUUCUUAUGGAUUAAAAAUAUCACGUUUUUCUAUUGUGUGCUAUUGAACUGACUGGAGCAGAAUUACCGCAUCUUGGAAUGUGACGUAACAAUGGUAUCUGUAUUCUAUUGGUCGUUCUAUUUCCUAGCAUAAUUUGUGAGAAAAGGUUCCAGCUUGUCGUGGACUUUCUCUUAUCAUCAUCUUCCUUUAUUAAUACAUAUCUUUGAAAGUGGCUUUUUGCCACUUAAUUUGUAAACGUUUGUUCAUUAUUUUAACUCUGACUGUAAACCAUUUUAAGUUGUUAUCAGUUUUUUAAAUAUUUCUUACGUAUGUUUGUGUCUUUACUGAGUACAGUAUACGUACAUUUAAGGAACGUGACAAGUCCCUUACAGAAUGCUAGUCACGUUAUCAUAUCCUUGUCAACUUUCAGGAUAGCAGCACUGUAGGAGCACCACGAACUGACACAAGUAGAAACUGCAAUAUAUCCUCUAUUUUAAUUGUAUGCUAUUCAGAAAUACAUUUAACCAAUUUUGAUGAUGUACAGGCGAUAUGUCACUACAUUUUUUAACAAUUGUUUUCACUUUAUUUCCCCCUUUCUAUUUAUUUUAUUUCAUCGCAACUGUAGCCUAAAGAAAAGGACUGGAAUGUUUUGUUGGUUUUUUGCCUGGGUCGUCAAAUGAUUCUUCAAUCGCCGUAAAAAUAAUACAUGUUUGACCUCCUCUCCCAGAGUUUUAACUGUUUCAUAUAUCCCUAUGAUGAAAGUCCCAGGACAUCUACUUAGUGACUUAAUGGUUUAACACAUGUUGUCAUCUAGCCACCUACAAAACCAAACACCUUAUAAUGAUGCUAGUUAUUUAUUUUGCUUAGUGCCAUUCACAGGACGACU